GUAGUCUAGUUACGUCACAUCCGCUACCGACCUGCCACCUAUGCAAGCCGAGUGACGCGUUCCUGCGUGCGUCCAGCGUCCAUGCGUUUCUUUCCGGUAUUCGUCGUUGGGAAGGUUGAUUGCUCUCUCGUCGUCCUCCACCCUAUAAAAUGACAUCGAAGGUCUCCCGCGACACUCUCUACGAGUGCGUGAACGCCGUGCUCCAACACUCGCAAGAUAAGAAGAGGAAGUUUUUGGAAACCAUAGAGCUACAAAUCGGUUUGAAGAAUUAUGAUCCGCAGAAGGACAAGCGUUUCUCGGGCACUGUCAAGUUGAAGAAUAUCCCCAGGCCAAAAAUGCAAGUAUGCGUUCUUGGUGACCAACAGCAUUGCGACGAAGCUAAGGCUAACAAUAUUCCGUACAUGGACGCGGAAGCGCUGAAGAAACUUAACAAGAACAAGAAGCUCGUCAAGAAACUCGCCAAAAAAUUCGAUGCAUUCUUGGCUAGUGAGUCGUUGAUCAAGCAAAUUCCCCGUCUUCUCGGUCCUGGUUUGAAUAAGGCCGGUAAAUUUCCUGGACUGUUGUCUCACCAGGAGUCGAUGAUUGCCAAGAUCGAUGAAGUUAAAGCCACCAUUAAAUUCCAAAUGAAAAAGGUGUUGUGUCUGUCAGUGGCCGUCGGACACGUAGAUAUGACGCCCGACGAGUUGGUCCAGAACGUCCAUCUCUCGAUAAAUUUCCUCGUUUCACUGUUGAAGAAACAUUGGCAGAAUGUGCGCUCGCUUCACAUUAAGUCUACUAUGGGACCGCCACAGAGACUGUACUAAGUUGUACUUAGUACAAUACAUUUUGAAUGUAUAUUUGUUUCAAUAAAAAAGAAAUAAAUUAUGAACUUGAUAAAUUAA